AUGUUUCAGAUCGGACCAUUAUGUUGUUUAGCGGUUUUGUGUAUGGUCAGAGGGAGUGAAGCAAUGAUUCCGGCGUAUUCAGUAUCAGCUUUACGCCUCGCUUUCGACGAAAUAUCAGGAGUGCUGCCGAUCGCUAACGAACUCGCCUGCCUCUUGAUACCGUUCCUCAUCAAUCUGAUCAAUAAUCUAAACAAUUUAUCCAAUAUAGUACAGAACUUAACACCUGCUAUACUUCCAUACUUCGGUUGCACUCUUCCCCUCUUAUACGCCACUUUGACUGAUCUGGCGUCCGUGUUGUUCCUCUACAUUAGUGUCUUAAUAUCGCUGUUCAGAUCCAACGUCCUGUCUGCUCCGGGUCUCCUAAUGGUUCUAGUCUCCCAGAUACUCAAACUAGUUCUGGAAUUACUAACAGGUCUAGCAGAUUCCGGCGGGAUCCUGUCGGGUCUGAUCAAGCUGAUAACAACUGUUCUCGUCGAAUUGGAGAAGUUAUUGAUUUAA